AAAAUAGAUAUGGGCUUUGUACAUAAAAGGCUUCAAAUUAAAGAAAAAGCCCAUUAGCCCAUUACAAAGAAGCACAUUAGGGUUUAAACCCUUCUUCUUCUUCUUCGACACAAACAUUUCUUCUUCGGCGAAAUUAGGGUUAGAAGAAGAAGAAGAAAAUGCCGGCUGGACACGGUCUGAGGUCUCGUACCCGUGAUCUCUUCUCACGGCCAUUCAGGAAGAAGGGUUAUAUUCCUCUCUCAACCUAUCUCAAGACCUAUAAGACCGGCGAGUAUGUUGAUAUCAAGGUCAAUGGUGCCAUUCACAAGGGUAUGCCCCAUAAGUUCUACCAUGGCCGAACUGGUCGUGUUUGGAACAUUACCAAGAGAGCUAUUGGUGUUGAGGUUAACAAACAGGUUGGCAACCGAAUCAUCAAGAAGAGGAUUCAUGUUCGUGUGGAGCAUGUCCAGCCCUCAAGAUGUACCGAGGAAUUUAGAAACAGGAAAUUGAGGAACGACAAGUUGAAGGCUGAGGCAAAGGCAAAGGGCGCUGUUAUCAGCACCAAGAGACAGCCAGAGGGCCCCAAACCGGGUUUCAUGGUUGAAGGUGCUCAGUUGGAAACUGUCACUCCGAUUCCAUAUGAUGUGGUCAACGAUCUUAAAGGCGGUUAUUAGACCCUUUCAUAUAAUAUUUUUUUCUCAUUGUUUUUGUCUGUGGUUUCUGGUUUUGUUUUCUAGAUACUUGAGAGUUUCAAAUUCUUGGUAGUCUUCAUAGUUUGAAUACUAUUCUAAGUACAAUUUUGUUUUAAUGAAUUAAGAUAAUUUAUGUAUGAGGAGUUAGUUGUGUUACAAGGCUAA